AUGGGAGAUUCAGGAAUGGAGGAUGCAGGAAACGAGACCAACCACAAAGGCCAUCUACCUUUAGAUCCCAAACAAAAGCCCCCGGGGCACAUUGGCAGCAACAAAGAGGGCAUCUCGUACCAUUCAUCCACAAAGCGACCUGCAUUUUCGUCGGAAUGGGUCAACAAAGCACCCUCUGGAUACACCAUCUCCGAGAACAUGCUUGGUGAACCACCCAUCUCUGACGAGCCCUUUCGCAUCUUGUGUCUAGGAGCCGGAGCGUCUGGGAUUGACUUCCUGCAUCACGCCGUUACCCUGGAUGCGUUCAAAGGGCUUAACGUGGAGAUCAGGUGCUACGAGAAGAACCGCGAUAUAGGCGGCACUUGGCUCGAAAAUAGGUAUCCAGGAUGUGCGUGUGACAUCCCGAGCGUCAGUUAUCAAUUUCCGUGGAAGCCUAAAACCGACUGGACCAGUUUUUACUCCGGCAGCCGCGAGAUCUGGCAGUACAUGCGGGACAUCGUGGACGAGGAAGACCUGGUCAAGUUCAUUCAACUGGACACCGAAGUCACCAGCGCCGUGUGGAGCGAGGACAGAUCGCGCUGGGUCAUCAAAUCGAGGCGGGGUGAUGAGACUGCAGAAAUGGAAGAAGACUUCCACUUCUUCGUCAACGCGAGUGGGUUUUUAAACUCCUGGAAAUGGCCCGACGUGCCGGGACUGCACGACUUCAAGGGGAAACUCUAUCAUACCGCCAGCUACGACGACACGGUCGACCUAAAAGGAAAGCGCGUGGCGGUGAUUGGGUGCGGAAGCUCGGGGGUCCAGACCGUGGCGUCGAUAUACAAGGACGUGGACAAAUUGUAUCACUGGGUUCGAAGUCCUAUCUGGGUCACAGCGGGCUACGGUUCCAAGUUUGCUAGCGAGAACGGGGAAAAUUUCGAUUAUUCGGAGGAGCAAAAGGUUAGAUGGGCCACGGACAAGGCUGAAUAUCUCAAGUAUCGCAAGAUGGUCGAGCGAGAGCUCAACGUCCGAUUCAAGUUUAUCCUUCGAAAUACCAAAGAAGCACAAGAGGCACUCGAGUUCUCGUACGCCGAGAUGGCCAAGAGACUGUCCUAUAACGACGAACUCAUCUCGCGUAUCAUCCCCACGAACUUCAAUGUCGGCUGCCGUCGACCGACGCCUGGGACGGGCUACCUCGAGGCCCUGGCGGGACCCGAGACUAAGGUUUUCUUUGAGACCCUCCACUCAGUCACGGCUCAUGGGUUUAAGCAGAGCUCGAUGGAACUUGAGAUCGAGGUGGAUGUCAUCAUCUGCGCCACGGGGUUCGACACGUCCUUUAGGCCCCGAUUCCCCAUUAUUGGACUCGACGGGGCCGAGGUUGGCGAGCUGUGGCGGGACCACGCCUUGGGCUAUGCGAGCACGGGCGUGCCGGGUAUCCCCAACUACUUCACGUACUUCGGCCCCUACGGCCCUGUCGCUCAGGGCUCGCUGUUGCCGGUCGCCACGGCCCUUUCGCAAAAUUUGAUGAGCAUCAUCAAGAAGAUGCGUGUAGAGCACAUUCGCCGCCUCUCCCCCAAAUCCGGCGUCGUCGCUGACUUUGGCGAGCACGCCAUCACCUUCCACAAACGCACCGCCUGGACCGACCCCUGUCGGAGUUGGUUCAAGCAGGGCAGGGUUGACGCAAACCCGAUCUUAUGGCCGGGUACCCGUCUGCACUACCUAGAGGUCCUGUCGACGCCCCGGUUCGAGGACUACGAGAUCGAGUACAUCAGCGGGAAUCGUUGGGGCUGGUUGGGCAACGGCUUUACCUUCAUGGAGUUCAACGGCGGCGACGUCACCUACUAUCUCGGCGAGGAAACCGAGGACGAGAAGCGAGAGAGGCUCCAAGAGGUAGACUCUUGA